CAGCUCUUCGCCAUGUUCGACCGCGACGGCGACGGCAAGGUCGCCGUCGACGAGCUCGCGGGCGCGCUCGCGGUGUUCCACCAGGGCGACCGCGACGCGCGGCUCCGCCUCGUCUUCCGCGUCUACGACGCCGACGGCUCGGGCUCCGUCGAGCGCGACGAGCUCGGGCGCCUCAUG